CUCCGGCUCAGGAGUCAGAUGUUUUCCAAUAAAACAAGGCUGGUGAGGAGCCAAGAUGGCGGCCUGCGAAGAGCCAGUUUCCGUGUUAAUUGAGAGCGAGGGGGCGGGUCUAUAUAACUGCAUCACAGCUGAUCUGGAGGUUCCCCCCCCUCCUCAAGUUGUUUUUUUGCAGAGAGCAGCUUUGCAGAGAAUCACAAGAGGAUCUCUCUCUUGUUUUCUUUCUCCUCUGCCUUGUUAUUUUAACCUGGCGCUUUAAAAAACUAAAUCCAGCCUUUUUUUUUUCCGUUUUCAGACCCGUAGCGAAUUUAAAGCACAGCGCAGUUCCACAAUGCCACUUCUUUUCAGAAUAAACUGCUUUUCUCGCAAUUUUUCACCCGCACCCCCUCGUCUUUUUUGUCACCCACAGUGAAUUUAGCCCAGGUCUGACCCACUUUGAAGUGUGUUCGCCUUCACUGCACCUCAUGUGUUAGUGCGAGCCGCCGGCGGAGAUGUUUUCGGCAGGAGAGGAGGUUCAUUCCCAGUUGUUUACCUCACUGAAGGAGUCCUCCGGAGCUGCAGUCUCCCCAGCACUGGAGCUCAGUCUAACUGCCGUGUACACCGUCCUCUACUCCCUCCUGUUUGUUUUCGUCUACCUGCAGCUCUGGCUCAUUUUGCACUACGGACACAAGCGUUUCAGCUACCAGAGCGUGUUUCUGUUUCUGUGCCUGCUGUGGGCAGCGCUGCGGACGACGCUCUUCUCUUUCUACUUUAAAAAUGUGGUGCAGGCCAACCAGCUGCAGCCUCUGGCCUACUGGCUGCUCUACUGCUGCCCCGUCUGCCUACAAUUCUUCACCCUCUGCCUGCUCAACCUCUACUUCACACAGGUGAUGUUUAAAGCUAAAGCCAAGUAUUCACCAGAGCUCACAAAGUACAAGGUUCCCCUGCGUUUGUUCUUCCUGUCUCUCAGUAUAUUUUUCCUGGUGGUGAAUUUGACUUGUGCACUGUUAGUGCAAGGAGCUCUUGAACACUCUGAAUCCCCGAGUGAUGGGAGUGUCAGACAUGCAGUCUUGGCCCGGGUCCUGAUCAACGACAGUCUGUUUGUGCUGUGUGCCAUAUCUCUGGCUGUGUGCAUCUUCAAGAUCGCCAAGAUGUCAUCUGCCAACGUUUAUCUCGAGUCCAAGGCUGACGUACAGGAGAUCAGCGGUGAAGCCUACAUUGUGUUUGGGAUCAUUCUGUUCUUCUGGGAGCUGCUGCCUACCAGCUUAGUUGUGGUUUUCUUUAGAGUCCAGAGACCCAACCAAAACCUGGCUCCAGGAGGCAUGAUCAACAGCCAUAGUUUCAGCUCCAGGGCUUAUUUCUUUGACAAUCCCCGGCGGUACGACAGCGAUGACGACCUGUCCAGAAGCAUCAAUAACAGGACUGAUCGGGCCAGUCUUCUGUCCACCACACCCCAACCAGGAGCAUCUAGUUGGUAUGGCUCCAUCCAAUGUAAUGCACCUUUGGCAGCAGGGGUGGCAUCUGCCCAGCAGCCACCAUCUUCCACGGCGCCCCUCCUUUUUGCCUAUGGAAACAUCCAGAGUCACCAUCACCACCAUCACAACUACUACUCCACCCCCCAGAACAACUAUCACCAUCACAGUAACUAUUAUUCCACACCACAGAAUUAUCACUGCGGAUCACAGACGUAUUUCAGCACCCCACAGAAUUAAGCUGGAGCGGUCAUAAAGAUUAAAAAAAGGAAAAAAAAAAAAAGAAAGAAGAGGGACUGAUUACUCAAAAUGUUGUUUUUUUGUUUUUGUUUUUUUCUUUGUCGGCAUUCUGCUUAACAAACAGCGUCAUAACUUGUACUUGUACAAAACUUUUUCUCUGGACCAAAUUGUGCGUAAUAAUUGGUUCGCCAAAUAAUUUUGGAGAAAUGUGGGGGUGUAAACAAUGAAAAGGUUGGCACACCAUGACUACUUGCUUUUUGAAAGCCAUCUUUAAACAGGAACCAUGGAACAAUUUGCAGCACUAGUAGCUAAUAUGCCUACAAAUGAAGAUGCUUUUUUGUGUUUAAUAUUUUGUCAAUAAUUUUUUGAGAUUGGUUCCAAUCAUCGACCGGAAAAAUCAUCACCCAUUUCCCUUUCCUGGUAAAUUCCACUCACACUAUUCAUUUCGGCAUAUAUACGAUAAUCAAGCAGGUAUGUAAGCUAAAAUGGCUAAUCAUAAAUCUGCAACAGUAUGACAGUGACAAGUUCGGGACGUCUUGUCAAAUUAUUGUUUGGAUCAUGUGACCGUUUGCAAUAGAAACGUAAAAAUGCAAACUUUUAAUUGGCAGUAGGCUAAGUUGGGAAAGGGCACAGCACUGCAGGUGGGCUUUUUCAAUAGAAGAACAUCUGUGUUCUCCAAUUCAGUAUUCAGUUAUUACACAUUAACACUUCUUUGCACUUUUUUGAAAGUGAAAUAUUUCUUAAGCGUUAUUUAAAAAUGGCUACACAAACACAACAAGAGUCAUCAGCUGUAGCCAUAGCUAAAAUAUUUUGACCAGCUAGCUGUGGGAGAGAACGGUGUAGCUAGCAGCUAACAAGGAAAAAAUGUUUUGUGUGCCUGCCACUGUUUACUGAUGUAGUUACAUUUGAAGAAAAAAAAAAAAAAAGAUGAAGCUAAUAAAAAGUUUAAUUAUCAUUACUUGUUUUAUUUGCCACGCAGAUGGUUUACCUGAAUGUAAAAACAGCCUAAUCAAAUUAAACUGGCCAGUGCUAUUUGGCUAACUAAUGGACUAUGAACAGAAACCAGAAAUCUUGUAAGCCUACACAUUCCUACAAAUGCAUAUGCAUAAAUUUGUUUACAGAGAUUUCUUCUCACAAUUCAGAUCUGGGAAUAUUUUCACAAUCCCCUUAUGCUAUACAGAAUGUUCUUGGGAAAGUUCAAACCUUUGUCAUAAUACCAUUAUAAGCUAGGCCAUUAAAAUCUAACCCUUUAAACAUAGGAGUAACUCUUCACUAUGAAAACUAAAUUAUGUACUUCUGCAAAAGAUGUUUAUCACUCUUAAGAUCUAGUUUUGACAGGAAUUAGCGUUUGCUAAUUUGCAGUGACUGUUGAUUCAGCGAGUGCUAGGUCAUACCGAGUGCUGAAGCUUUCUUAAUCUGUUUAGCAAGAAAAUUAGCAGAGACCCAGAAAAUGCAGGAAGCUAAUGAUUCCUUAGCUUCGUGUGUUUUCAUAGCCAAGUCCUUCACCAAACAGAUUGGUAGGAAUCUAUUUUUAAAGGCAAAUUUAUUACCUUGGUUAAAAUGUUGCCGUUAAAUUGUACCACACAAACAGAAAGGUGUGCAAAAGCUAUCAAAAACCUUCCUACUUUAAGCUGCUGAACCACUCCUUUACUGGCACAUAAUGUUGGUUGGGUCAAAUAAGUUUACAGUUCUCAAAACUUGCAAAAUACUGUUACAUUUAAAGGUACUUUUUGUCAUUACCCUCUGAAAAGUUAAACCAGCACUUUCACCACCAGGAAGCAGCAUUUUACCAACAGGUGUACUGAAUUAGGUUCACAUUUCUGUUUAGCCACACCCUUGUGUCCUCAAACGGCAUCUAGAUUGCCAUUAAAAUGAAUGCAUACUUACUGACUUGCUUGAUUGAUUCAGAGCGCCCUCUUGUGUUUCACAUUGGUAUUACAAAAUAUGGGCUAGUUCAGCUUGGCUGAUAUUACUUCAACACAAUUCACAUAUGUUGUGGACAUGAAGUCAUAGAUUGAUUCUUUAACUUGUGUUCAUAGUUUAAAAAGUUAAAAAGAGUUAUGUGCCCAGGAAAAAAAAAAAAAAGUCAGAUUUAUAUGUAGCAGCUGUAUGGGUAUCAAUCUCAACAGAAUCAGCCCGAUUGAGGAAAACUGUUUAACAGAUUAUUGCCUGAGCCAGACUUCAACCAAAUCUGCUUGGCUUCUAGAGAAUGCCGAUGUUGAUGAAACUGCUGAUGUUGGAUAAAAAUAUUUAACAGCUACAUCCAGGCAACCUUGGACAAAAUCAUACAAUGGAAAUUUGUGAAAAUGUAAGACUGGAGCAAAAAUUCUAUCACGCAUUCUUAUGUGAGAUAGUGAAUACACUGUCAAGAAUUAAAAUAUAUCAUAGCUUCAUCUCAAUCACAAUCUCACAUCAUACAUAGGAGAUUAUAGUAUUAAUAUGUGGCCUACAUCCAAUAUUGGACUAUAACUUGGCCCUUACUGCUCGUUUGGAAGGGAAAGGUUCGGUAAAACGUGACCAAAAACUUUUAUGGCACCUAAUUCUUUGUGAGCUGUGAGGCAACGAUUUGCACUUAGAAAAGAAGUUCACCUUCAAUUUAAAAAAAAAAAAGAAAAGAAAAAAAAAAGGGCUUUUCAGGGCCUGAAUGUAGGUUUUUCUUCUCAAACCUUGUAUUUUUGUUCAGUAAUCAUCUUUAUUCUGUAUUUUACUAUUUAUCCUUUUGGAAAGGAAAACAUCAAUGUGCCAUCACAUGCCAUCAUAUCUAAUAGUUUCAUUCCUUAAGGAAAACAUUUUUGCACAAAAAAAAGGUUGAAUGAUGUUGUUAAUUGUGUCUGGCUAUGUAAUUUCUAAUUCGUGUGUGAAGUAAUUUGUGUGUGUGUGUGUGUGUGUGUGUGUGAUCGUAUGCUUUUCUACAUUACUGUUUAUUCUACAUUAAUUUUUACUGUCUAACACAUUAUGCAGUUUAUUUUUUUUGCCCCAUUGUUCUUCAUAAUGUUUCACAUGUUCCAAAUCUCAUAACAGACUGCAGCUUCACUUUUAUUAAAAGCUUGACUUUUAAUGGAACUUUUUUGCUUUAUGACCCCAGUCCCAAAUCAGAAUCCCUCCAUCUCUUCUGACUAAAAGAAAAAUGUUCCCACAUGGUUUUGGAACACACUUUAACAGACUCAUUUCAAUUGUAUUUCAUGCUUUCCAUCACUUCUUCAACAGGUUAUACUGGACAAUCUGAAACACAAUGAAAGAAAUGAAGUUUUCAUUUUUCUUUUUGGUCCAGCUGUUCAUCUGCAGUGCAGAAUGCAUGUUUCUGAAACAGUGCGCAACAACUCAGUAUCCUAUUUUUCUUUUGAAGCUAGUAAUACUUGUGUAAAAAUGGUAUUUGCUCUUCCUGCUACAAAAAAGCAGUGAUAAUUGUUUCAUGUUAUGAAUUGUUUCAUCCGUGGCCAUAAUGAAUGUAACCUACUGUGCAAGAGAUCACUAAUGAUGUAUGCAAGAAAAAACACUACCAUGUUUGAAUAAAGGCCUACUGCACUGUUUUUAA